AUGGUCAAUAGAAAUAAUGUGACUGAGUUCAUUUUUACCGGCCUUUUCCAGGAUCCAGGGGUGCAGAGAGUGUGCUUUGUGGUGUUUCUUCCCGUGUACCUGGCCACAUUGGUGGGCAAUGGCCUCAUCAUCCUGACAGUCAGGAUCAGCAAGAGUCUGCAUUCCCCCAUGUACUUCUUCCUUGGCUACCUGUCCCUGGUGGAGAUUAGUUACUCCUCUACUAUUGUCCCUAAAUUAAUCACCGACUUACUUGCAAAGAUCAAGUCCAUUUCCCUGGAGGGCUGUCUGGCUCAUGUGUUCUUCUUCCAUUUCGUUGGGGUCACUGAGAUCCUUUUGCUGGUGGUGAUGGCUUAUGACCGCUAUGUGGCCAUCUGCAAGCCUCUUCAUUAUAUGUCCAUUAUGAGCCGUGACUUGUGUCAUGUACUAGUUGCUGGUUCCUGGCUGGGGGGCUUUUUGCACUCCAUAAUUCAGGUUUUCAUCAUCCUCCAGUUGCACUUCUGUGGCCCUAAUGUGAUCGACCACUACUUCUGUGAUCUUCAGCCAUUAUUCAAGCUUAUCUGUACUGAUACCUUUGUAGAGGGGGUCACUGUAAUGGCCAACAGCGGCUUAAUCACCCUGUGCCCCUUCCUCAUCUUGGUGUCCUCUUAUAUCAUCAUCCUGUUCCACUUGAGAAACCAUUCUGCAGAGGGGAGGCACAAAGCCCUCUCCACCUGUGCCUCCCACAUCACAGUGGUUAUCUUGUUCUUUGGACCUGCCAUCUUCCUCUACAUCCGACCCUCCUCCACCUUCACUGAGGACAAACUAGUGGCCGUGUUCUACACGGUGAUCACACCCAUGCUGAACCCUAUCAUCUACACACUUAGAAAUGCAGAGGUGAAAAAUGCCAUGAGGAGGUUUUGGGGAAGAAAAUGA